CUUUGCCAGGAUCCUGGAUCACAAACAUUGAUCCCAUGCCUGACAUCUCUGGUAUCUGUUUGUAAAGGAUUCCUCACAGAUGAAAGGCUACAAAACACAGACCUUCUGCUGAUGAUCUUGCUUCCUCUUGAAAAUGUCUUUGAAAGACACUGUUCUAACUACCAUCUUCACUUGCUGUCCAACCCUCCAUGCCAGCCACUUGCACUAGUCGAAGAGCCCAGCGGCCAGCUCUCCUGCCUGCUGGAUUUUAUAGAAACCUUGGUUGCCUUAAAAACAAAGCUAAAAUUUAAAUGUCUCCCUUUGCAAACAUGUUCUGUCAGCCAUCUUGCCUCAAACCUUGAACAUCAUCUCCUCUCCUGUUCCUUACUUUGUGAAGAAACAGGUUAUACUGGUGCUGAAAAGAUGUCUGCUGUGUAAAGCUGGAGAGGAUUUCCUGCCUUCUCCCCGCACUAUGUCAAACCAGCAAGAUGCAGUGUUGGACAAGGACUUGGCUGUCCUGGCUGGGACAAUGUUGGGUGCUGUGCAGCAGGGAUGGCUUCUACAGGUCCCUGUUAGUGACAGAUCAAGC